AUGGUUCACGCUUCUUUCUGGCGAUUUCGUCUUCAAGAAAUUCCUUAUCGUCUUCGUAAUCUUUGUUGUUUCCACACUUCUCCAUGUCCAUACACACCGAUUUUUUCUCAGAGUAUCGUUUCAGUUUCCUCGUGCUGGUCCCUUACGACUAAUAACGAUCAAUCCAUCUUCCGUUACGUCGAUCAUGUCCUCGGAUUAUGCUUGACGGCUCAGCAAUGCCGGCAAGUUCAUGCGCAAGUACUUCUAUCCGACUUAAUCUACCGUUCUGGGUCAUUAGCUGCGAGUUUGGUGUCGGCUUACUCCCGUUUAGGAUUCCUCCUCGAUGCCCGUAACGUGUUCGAGACUGUUUCGCUUGUUUUGUGGUCGGAUCUGUAUUUGUGGAGCUCGAUUCUCAAAGCCAAUGUGUCUCAUGGGCAACACGAGAACGCUCUUGAGCUCUACGCGGGAAUGCGUGAACGAGGUCUCACAGGGGACGGCUUUAUUUUACCCUUGAUCCUUCGAGCUUGUAGGUACUUGGGACGUUUUGGUCUGUGCGGGGCUAUGCACAGCCAAGUUAUUCAGAUUGGUUUACAGGAGAAUCUUUACGUGGUGAACGAGUUGCUCACGCUGUAUCCGAAGGCGGGGAGGAUGAGAGAUGCCUACAAUCUGUUUGUUGAAAUGCCUGUUAGAAACCGUAUGUCGUGGAAUCUCAUGAUUUCAGGGUUUUCUCAAGAGUAUGACUGUGAAAGCGCUGUCAAGGUUUUCGAAUGGAUGCAGCGUGAAGAGUUUAUACCUGAUGAAGUGACUUGGACUUCACUCUUAUCUUGUCAUUCUCAAUGUGGGAAGCUUGAAGAUGUUAUCAAAUAUUUUGAUGUUAUGAGGGUGAGUGGAAACGCAGUUAGUGGGGAAGCUCUUGCUGUUUUCUUCUCUGUGUGCUCCGAGUUAGGAGCGUUCAGUACUGCUGAGAAAGUUCAUGGGUAUGUUGUAAAAGGUGGGUUUGAAGAGUGUCUGCCCUCGAAGAACGCGUUGACAUACGUGUACGGGAAGCAAGGGAAAGUCAAAGACGCUGCACAGUUGUUCAGGCAAAUAAGAAACAAAGGUAUAGAGAGCUGGAAUGCUUUGAUAACGUCGUUCGUGGACGCUGGUAAACUCGACGAGGCUCUUUCAUUGUUUACUGAGUUGGAGGAAACGAAUGGCUUUCGCGACGUCAAGGCUAAUGUAGUCACUUGGACCUCCAUUAUCAAGGGGUGUAACGUGCAAGGAAGAGGAGACGAUUCACUUGAAUAUUUCCGGCGGAUGCAGUUUUCCAAAGUUUUGUCUAAUUCGGUGACGAUUUGUUGUAUACUAUCCAUUUGUGCAGAGCUUACAGCUUUGAACCUGGGAAAAGAAAUCCACGGGCAUGUGAUCCGAACCUCGAUGAGCGGUAACAUUCUGGUUCAGAAUGCAUUGAAGAAAGUCUGUAAGUUCUCAUCAGGAUCAACAGUAGAAAGCGACUUUGCCAGCAUCUACCCAGUUCUUGAGGAUUUGAUUAGUCAUAUGUGGAAGAAAGGCCCUACACACGAUGGGAACAAUAACGAGGAUGAUCUUGAGUUAUGGACAGCGUAA